CAAUUAGCUUUAUUACCGGCGCAAUUUAACCCUGCCACUUCUUUUCUUGAGCAGAAACCAUGGUAUACACAUGAAGAUGAGAAACUUGCUCAAUUUCUCCAGGCCCAGAAGAAUGAAAAAAGGGUGGGAUGUCACAGCUGUAGGUCAGGUUGUAUUGCCAACAAAGGUAAUGAAAACAGUUUUAGAAAUCGAACAUAACAAGUGCCAUUGGGGGGUAGAAGCAUUAGUACAAUUUUUAAAACAUGAGGUGAUUUCCAACCAGAUGUUAACAAUGGCAAAACAGAUUAACGCCACGUGUCCAGUCUGUAUUAAAAACAAUCCAGUGACACGAAGGCAAAUACAACUAGGAAAGUUACAAGUAGGGCCGCAACCAGGAGACUAUUGGCAAAUAGAUUUCUCAGAGCUACCAAAAGCACAAGGGUACCGUUAUUUACUGGUGUAUGUGUGUACUUUUUCAGGGUGGCCGGAAGCUUUCCCAUGCAGGACUAACCAGGCAAAGGAAGUAGUUAAAACCUUACUACGAGAGAUUAUUCCUAGAUUUGGGAUCCCAUUAGGAAUGUCCUCAGAUAGAGGACCUCACUUUGUAGCUGGAGUAGUCCAAGAGGUAGCCAGAGUAUUAAGGAUAGCUUGGGAUCUCCAUACGCCCCAGAGACCACAAUCUAGCGGCCAGGUAGAACGGAUGAAUUGGACAUUAAAAGGGCAGAUUAAGAAAAUUUGUCAGGAAGCGAAGAUACAGUGGCCUCAGGCACUACCUCUAGCCUUGCUAAGAAUCAGGAUUAAACCCAGAGAAAAGAUAGGCGUAAGUCCAUACGAAAUUUUGUAUGGCAAGCCAUAUCAUGCUGCAACCUACAAAGGGGACCCUCACUUAGUAGGAGAUCAAGUAUUGCUAAGUUAUGUUUUGUCUCUAAAUAAAGUCCUUACAGCGCUGCGAGGAGCAUUGCAGUGGAACCGGCCUCUGCCCUUGGAAAAUCCUGUCCAUGACAUCCAGCCAGGAGAUCAAGUAUAUGUGAAGAACUGGAAUACGGAACCCUUGAGAGAAGUAUGGGACGGUCCUCACCAGGUGAUCAUGACUACCUACACGGCAGUGAAAGUCCAAGGGAUCGAGAAUUGGAUUCACUACACUCGAAUCAAGAAGGUCCCGUCAAGAUGGGAAGUACAGCCUCUGUCAGCAACAACAAUAGUGUUCAGGGCAAGGCCUUAGUUCUUUUAACAUUAGUCUGCAUAAUGCAGGUGGGAGAAGCGUUUGUUAAAAUCAUAGUUCCGGAGCCAGAUGUAAUAGUGCCGGAAGGUGCGGAAGUAAAUUUAACCUGUCUGUUUUCUAGCAACCAGAGAGCUGGAUUAAAAGAAGUCAAUGCAGCCUGGAAACAAAUCACCACAGACGAAGUAUUUACAGGACGGAUCGUGACACUUUGGGAUAUGGAACAGCAAAGAGGUAGCACCACAUUGAUGAUAUCUCAUAUGCAAGCUGAUCAGGUAGGACAAUUCUCAUGUGUUGUGUGGAUUAGAGAAAGCUUUGACUACGGAAAAAUAAAUGUAGAUAUUCUAAAAAAAGAAUAGGAGAGUACGACAAGUGACAGAAGUUGGAAAAACACAACAAGAAUUGGGACAAAAAAACUUAAUAGUGGGAUUAGUUAGAAAUUUUGGGCAAGUACAAAAUACUGCGUCCAUCACUGCAUGUUUACCUUUACCUAAAGCGGCGGGAGAACCAAUACCAUGGGGAAUAAUUCCCAUGCCUGAACCACCUGUGAAUAAGAGCACCCAGGAAAAAUGUAUUCCAGUGAGCAGGACAAUUAUGAAAAAGCAACAAGUAAUCAUAGGAAGGGAAACUUUACCUCUCCCACUAACAUGGGAGAAGUGCAGGAAGAGACCUGAUUAUGAUGGAUGGACUCCAUUAACGGGAGUAUUAGCAAAUGUCUGGCUCACUAGAGGGAAAGGACAAUGUUCAAUAGCAAAGAAAGGAGAAAGGUCGGUGCCCACCCAAGUGAUGGAAUUUAGUUGCCAGAAUGUUACAAGUCAAUCUUCAUCCUGGGAUGAGUGGAAAACGAUUUGGGGUCCCAGCUUGUUAGAAUCUUACAGCUACAUAGGACCAGUACAUUGGUGUAUUGAAUGGUCAGGCCAAAGGGAACAAAAACAUUUAAGAAUGUUAGGGACCGAAGUAGUAAGACGGGAUCGAAUGACCCCCCACACCUAGCUGGAAUUGUAGCAAAAUCAUCACAUGUGAUAUCCCUGAAUCCCAAAUUGGUUUAGUGCCAGUCCGGAUACUACUAAAAUGGGGUUGUGAAUGUCAAAGAUAUAAUCAUACAAUAACAGGUGAAAUAAAGGGGGCUUGGAAAGAUUGUCAGACAACUACCGUCAGGAGUCCAGGGCAUUCGGUGUGGGUAAUGGGGCACGGACAAUGGACUACCCAUAUGCCCAUUAACGGCCCAGUCACGCAGAUUACGUUAGGGGUCCCUACGCUCUGCCCUUUCUGGAAACAGUCUAAAUUAACACAAAGAGAGAUACAGUCACUAACAAAGAGAGAAACAAAUGAGGUGACAGAAGAACUAGGACUGGGAGAUGAAGAUGAGUGGCAUGAGCCCCCAUCAGGAGUUAAAUUUGGAUGGGUACUGGAAUCCCUGUUUGCACAAAUUUCUACAUAUAGAAACCGGGAGAUGCUGUACAAAUUAUUGGGACAAACUGAGAAGUUAGCCGCAGUUACAAAGAAAGGAUUUAGGGAUCUAAACUUACAGUUGCAAGCAACAACAAGAAUGACAGUCCAAAAUAGGAUGGCAUUAGAUUUGCUCUUAUUAAAAGAACACGGAGUCUGUGGAUACCUCCAAGGAAAGGUUGAUCAUUGCUGUGUACAUAUCCCAAAUGUCA